CACAUGCUUGGCUCUUGCACUCCACACUGUUGCUGAUUGUGUGCGCUUUGAUCUGAGUGCAUUUGACAUGCAGUACUUAUUUUCUUUCUUUCUUGUGAAGGGAGACAUGAACUUGCAGAGAGAUUCGCUGGAUGAUUCACACCUAUGCUGAGUCAAAAGAGCUCCAGUGAUCUGCACAGGCAGAUUUCUGAUCGUGAGGUAAAGCAGUUGCUCUCUAAGGCCAGAUGCGUCCCAGACUUUAGAUGAGGCACAAGUCAACCAUUGUUUUGCUGAGCACACUGAGCACAUUUAAAGGAGAAGAGACGUGGAAGAGAAGAGAAAAGAAGAGAGAAAGAGGGUGACUUGCCUAAUGGCAGAGAGCUGGAUGUCCCGGUGAGGUCAGGUCGGACGGGAGGUCAUGGGUUCAUUUACGCUGGGGAAAGCUGCUUCUCUGGAGCUACUGCUGGAAGCCUGCAUUCAUGCGUUUGAUGAUGAAGGAGAACUGCAUGAAAAUCAGCUUCCCCGAACCCUUCUGCUGAUGCAUCGCUGGUAUGUGUCCUCCGCCGAGCUCGCUGGGAAACUUCUGAUUAUGUAUCGUGACUGUCGGGGAGAUGACUGCCAGCGGACACGACUGAAGAUCUGCUAUUUAAUGAGGUACUGGAUAGCUGAAUUCCCUGCAGAGUUUGAUCUGGAUCUAGGUUUGAUCCGUCUUACAGAAGAAUUUCGAGAUGCAGCCGCUCAGCUGGGUGGUGAUGAGCACAUUAAACUACUUGACAUUUCUACAAUCCCCUCGUAUGACUGGAUGCGUAAACUGACUCAGCGAAAGAAGCAGGUGAAGAAGGGUAAAGCGUCUCUGCUGUUUGAUCAUCUGGAACCCAUUGAGUUGGCCGAACACCUCACCUUCUUAGAGUACAAGUCCAUCAGGAGGAUAUCGUUCACAGAUUACCAGAGUUACGUGAUUCAUGGCUGUCUAGUAGAUAACCCCACAUUAGAGCGCUCCAUCGCUCUGUUUAACGGGAUCUCCCAGUGGGUUCAGCUGAUGGUUCUCAGUAAACUUACCCCUCAGCACAGAGCAGAGGUCAUCAACAAAUACAUCCAUGUUGCACAGAAACUGCUCCACCUGCAGAACUUUAACACGUUGAUGGCUGUAGUCGGGGGUCUGAGUCACAGCUCUAUUUCCCGGCUGAAGGAAACUCAUUCUCACCUCAGUCCAGAGGUCACCAAGAUCUGGAAUGAAAUGACAGAGCUGGUUUCGUCAAAAGGCAAUUACUGUGCUUACCGCAAAGCCUUCAGUGACAGCGAAGGGUUUAAGAUCCCAAUCCUAGGUGUUCACCUGAAGGACCUGAUCGCCGUGCACGUGGUCUUCCCAGACUGGGUGGAGGAUGGGAAAGUGAACAUUGUUAAGAUGCAGCAGCUGUAUCUCACCUUUAAUGAGCUGGUGUCCCUGCAGAGCGCUGUGGCUCAGGUGGAGCCCAACAUGGACCUGAUCUACCUGCUCACCCUGUCCUUGGAUCUGUACUACACAGAAGAUGAAAUUUAUGAGCUGUCCCUUCUUAGAGAACCACGUAACCCCAAAUCUCAGCCCACCUCACCCACAACGCCCAACAAACCUAUGGCUCCGCUGGACUGGGCCUCUGGGGUCACCACCAAACCAGAUCCCUCGGUGGUCAACAAACACAUCAGGAAAGUGGUGGAUUCUGUCUUUCGUAACUAUGACCAUGACCAUGACGGAUACAUAUCUCAGGAAGACUUUGAGAGUAUUGCUGCAAAUUUCCCUUUCCUCGAUUCCUUCUGUGUGCUUGAUAAAGACCAGGAUGGAUUGAUCAGUAAGGAUGAGAUGAUGGCGUAUUUCCUGCGUGCCAACCCGCUGCUGCAGUGUAAGAUGGGGCCUGGUUUUAUUCACAACUUCCAGGAGAUGACUUACCUGAAGCCAACAUUCUGUGAACACUGCGCUGGAUUUCUCUGGGGAAUUAUUAAACAAGGAUACAAGUGCAAAGACUGUGGUGUGAACUGCCAUAAACAGUGUCGUGAGCUGCUGGUUUUGGCGUGUCGGCGUCUCCCUCGGUCCACGUCACUGGGAAAUGUGUCUCCUGGAGGGCUCACACACAGCUCUUUACCCAGCAGCCCCAGCCUGCCCACGAGUAAAGAUGAUGAUGAGGUGUUUACGUUUCCUGCCGUAUCGUCGUCAUCAGGCUCUGAUCUGGAGGGAAAGUCCAUCACCCUGAUGACUGGUUCAGCCCAGCGCAUCUCAGUGCGGCUCCAGAGAGCCACCACCAGUCAGGCCACGCAGACAGAACCCCUGUGGCCCGAAAACGGCUGGGUGGCCGUCGCAGACAGCGGGUCACAUACCUUCCCCAAAAUGAGAUACAGGCCUCACCGCAAAGCGUCCAAGAGCAAAGGCUUUGCCCGCUGGGAGAACGACACGCAGAGUUCAGCGGCGACAAGGAGCAACAGGAACUCACAGGAGCACAGCGAAGAGUCACAGCAGAACGGACUCGCAGAACAACAUAUGAACAAAACCAGGACCUCUGAGAUCAGCUGACUUGACUGCUCUGUGGGCCCAUGCAGGACACCCUGGAGCCUGUCAGGACCACGGCCCAGAGGGCUGUCCGCUCUAGGGGGCAUGCUGGGGUGCCUCAUGCCUUCAGUGGAUCAGGAAUAGGGCCACUUUUCCACAGCCACAGUAAAAGAGGGGUGGCUAGCCACCCGCUGACUGAACUGGGGGAAGGGCUGCAUCAAAGGAAAGGUCUCGGACUAAACAGCGAGUGACUGCGCUGUGCUGUCCUGGUUGAAAAUCGAACUGAGAAUCACUGGAAGCUGAUGUGACGGAUACAUAUAAAAGAUGAGUGAGCAAGAGUAUUUAUGUUGAUGUAUAUGCGACGCACGCUCUGAUUUUCAUUCUCCAAAAACACUACUCUGAAAGGACACAGUGGAUGUGAAGGUUAUAUUCAGGUUGUCUGAAGUCGAAAGUGGAACUGGGAAAGUAUGUAUGAUCGAACAUUGAAACACUAACUUCAUUUAUGUGUUCCCCAUCAACACAUUAUUAUCUGAAAUGGAAGGUACGUAGAUUUUUAAAACCCUUUACCCCCAAUAUAAUUAUAAAAACCACCUACACGGUUUUACAGAUUGUUUCUCCAAUAGUUUGAACCAUAGUUGUGUCUCCUGUGCUUGCAGACAGGUGACCUCUGACCUUAUGCAUCAUUACAUCAGCACUGCUUAGCAACAUUGAUAGCUAUGUAAGGUUGAAAAGAUACAUGAAUUCAAAGACUUUAAUUCUGCCGACACAGGUGUGCUGUCAGCCAGGUGUUUAUAUGACCUCUGUUGCUAAGCGCCAGAUUAGUGCAUCUAUAGUCUGUUGUGCAGAGUUCCUUCAGCACCAUUUGUUCUGAAAUAAGUUUGACACCUGACAGCCUCAGAUGGGACAACCCUCAUUAGACAAUUUUUGCAGACAGUGUGUGUGAGAGAGACCACGCAGGUGGAUCAACAGAUGAACUGAGACAAACAGUGAUUAUAGUGAGACUUUGAGCCUAUAGGAUUAGAUGCUCUUCUGGAACAGCAUUUGCAGAUUUAAAGAAACAGUUCCCCCAAAAAAAUUAACAUUCUGUCACUAUUUACUCACCCUCGUGGCUUUGUAACUAAAAUGAGUUUAUUUCUUAUAUUUAUUAUGGAAAACAAAAGGAUUUUUAUCUGAUAGUCUGCCCAACUUUGAUACAAAGAAAGUUAAAAUACUGAAAGAGAUAGUUCACCCAAAAAUUCAGAUUCUGUUAUCGUUUAAUCACCUUACAACAAUAAUAUAUAGAAGUUCAUACAAUGAAAGUCAAUGGAUACCAAGACUGUUUGGUUACCAACAUACUUCAAAAUAUCAUCUUUUACUUUGUGUGUGUGUGUGUGUGUGUGUGUGUGUGUGUGUUACCCUGUGGGAUAUUUCUAAUACAUCUGUUGUCUUUCACUCAUUGAUAAGUGAGAAUUACUGCUGAAGUGUUGAGCACCCAUUUGACAUAAGAGCAGCAGCAGCCAUAUCAACACAAUUUCUUGUGCAAACAUCUUUAUGUAAUAUAAGCUUUGUGAAAUCAAGAGAUGUGUAUUGAAAAACUGAUGACUCUUGCCACUUCUGGGCCAUCAGACGAUAUGGUCAGUAAUAGCUGCUGUAAAUUGACCAACCUUGUCAUUGCUGUAUUGACUAUAGUCUUAUGAAUGUUUCUGGUUGAUGCCAGGUUUACAUGAGGGAAAGAUGUGCAUUUACUACAUUUUGAACAUCAAGCAUACAGACAUGUUUAUUCCCAAGGUUAUUUCUGCACUUUUUCCUCAUUACAUUUCGGAGCUUCGCUAUAUAUGUAAACCAAUCUAAUUAUUGUUAGGAUUUUACCCAUGUUGAAAGAAGGUUGUGCAGAGAGCAGGUCAUCUCAGCAUCUCAGGGUUGCCAGUGAAAUAAGCUUGACCUGUAAAACUGAAUAUUAAACACCAAGGGAAUUUUACCAUCUUGACUGGAAUAUUUGGAGACCAUUUAUAUACAUUUAGCUGGAAAAGACAUUAUAAAGGUAUUACAUUAAAAGUAUUUAUAGUGUAUUUAAAAAAGAAAAAAAAAAACUGGAGUUAGAUUUGAACAGUCUGCUUUAACUAGAAUGAGUGUAAUAACUGUGUAUGUCAUAUGUAGAAAUGUUCUGUGAUUCCUUCAGUGCACUGUUACAAUUCACUUGCUGUUCAUGGAAAACAUCAAUAAAUACACUACUCUAA